AUGGCAAACGAGAGGGAUGCGCGGGAAGAGUACCAGAGUGUCAACGACUACCGCAACACUCUGGCUUACUACUUCAAGAAAGCUGGACUUCUUGGUUCGAGCAGUAAAGCUCUAGGGCGUGAUCGUGUGAUACAAGUCGAUGGUGCCGCAGAGGUCGAUGGUGCUAUACAGGUCGAUUGUGCUACGCAUGUUGAUUGUGCUACACAGGUCGAUUUUUCUGCAGAGGAGGACUGA